AUGUAUCUAGCCAUCAAUCAAAUUUUUGGUAAUACCGCAUAUUCAAAAUUAAGGUUAAAGUGGCGAAUAUUAGAUAAAUUAUCUAAAGAUUUUCAACAACCGCAACAACAAAUUCCUUUUAAUUUACCUUUACAACAACAGCAACAACAAUUAAUUUAUCAAAAUAAUGUAAUAUCACCACAAUAUCAAACAAAUCAAAAUAUUCCAUUAAAUUUCCAAACAAUUAAUGGUGGCAGUAAUGGUGUUAUAGCACCAUCAUUAGGCCAUCAACAGCAGCAACAACAACAACAAAAUGAAAAACAAAUUUAUGUUCAUUUACCACCACCAUCACCACCACAACAAUAUCAAGGAUAUCCACAACAAUUACCGCAAUUACCACCAAGAAAACAUUAUAAAAUUAUAUUGGUAAAAUCACCAAAUCCACCAACACCACCACCAGUACUUGUACCACAGCCAGUCGAAGAAAAAACUUUAGUUUAUGUUCUUGUUAAAAAACCAGAUCCACCUAGUCAAGAAGAAUUACAAGCAAUUCAACAGCAACAAAUUAUAAAAUCAUCAAAACCAGAAGUAUAUUUCAUUAAAUAUAAAACAAAUAAAGAGAAAGGUAAUGGUGAUAAUGUUAAAGUUCAACCAUCAAAUGAAACUGGUGGAUCUAGUGGUGAAUCUAGUGAUGUUACUGCACCUGAUAUUGAUAUAAGAGGUGGCAAUGAUAACGGUAAAGCAAGAACAUUUCCAAAUGGAAUUACCGUACCACAAAAUUUAAUUGAUAGUACAGUAUCGAAACCUAAGUCACCCGCCAUCUAUGAUACACCAUUGAAAACAUACAAAUCAUAG